AUGUCGAAGCUGCCAUCAACGUCAAGACCUCAUCUUAUACAAUCUCGACUUAGAUAUGCAGCAUGCGGCAGACUGUCUACCAACUCCCCUCGCCACGAGACCGUGCAAUUAGAUCGACAGCGCAGCGAGACACUCCUCCCAUCAGCCAUCGUCAAACCUAGGGGUGUCGUUGAACACGUCCUCACAACCAUGGAUCAAAUACUCAACUGGGCUCGACAGAGCUCGCUCCACCCACUGAGCUUCGGCCUCGCCUGCUGCGCCCUAGAAAUGAUGCAUUGCUCAAUGCCUCGCUACGACCAAGACCGCUUAGGCAUCAUCUUUCGCGCAUCCCCUCGCCAGGCGGAUGUGAUGAUCGUGGCAGGCACGGUCACCAAUAAGAUGGCCCCCGCUGUUCGGCAGUGCUAUGAUCAGAUGCCAGAGCCGAGAUGGGUGAUUAGCAUGGGAAGUUGCGCGAAUGGUGGCGGGUACUAUCACUAUAGCUAUAGUGUGGUGAGGGGCGUCGAUAGAAUCAUCCCUGUGGAUAUAUAUGUUCCAGGUUGUCCACCGACCGCUGAGGCAUUGUUGUAUGGCAUCUUUCAGUUGCAGAAAAAGAUUAGACAUGCGAAGACGACGAGGAUGUGGUAUCGAAAAUAG